CUGUCACUAUGAGCAAAGAUAUUUAAACUCUUUUGACCUAUCUCUGGUUUCCUCAUGGGAAAAAUGAAGAUAAUAAUGCUUUCACUAUCACCUCACAAAGUUGUGAGGAAAGCAUUUUAAAGACUUUAAAGCAACAUCUAAACAUUUAUUUACAAUGGUUGUAGCAAGUUUUUCUUUUUAAAAAUAAUAAAAUGUGCUUACACUAAAAGUAGAUAAAUGUUUUACCUCUGACAAAAAUGGAGCCUUGUCAGAAAAUGAGGUCAAAGAAUUCCAUAAAAGAUGAUGUCACGACUGACACAAUUUAAGAUUUGGAGGAAGGUUGGCAAGAUUGAUGAGUGAGGGGCUGAAGGUGGUGCAAGAAUGUAGAGGGGAAGGGCCAGUGAGAAAGGAAAGAAGGAGAAAGGCGGGGUGGAAGAAACUUGCCAGGUGCAAGCGUCUUUGUGCAGCGGACAAAUGGGGAGAAGAGAAGGAGGUGGGCACUUGGGCGACGUAAGAUCCACAUCAGCUCAACUCCACUCGCAUCCCAGCCGGCACUUCCUCACUUUCUCAAGUGUCUCUCACCCACGCCGCUCUACGCCCUCCUUUCCCUUUCCCCAACCCUCCUCCCACCAGCUGCAAUAAAGAGUACACCGGGAAUUGGCUUCCUCCUACGUGGGGUGCUAGUUUGGUUGGUGACUGGGUUUUUUUGUAGUGUUGUUAUUGUUGCUGGUUGUUUCCCCCCUUUCUCCCUUCUUUGCUGCCCGCGGUUUUUUGCAAAGGGCUGGAUGAUUAUACCGGGCACGUUGGCUCCAUGAUGUUAGGUACGGUGAAAAUGGAAGGGCACGAAACUAGCGACUGGAACAGCUACUACGCGGAAUCUCAGGAGGCCUACUCCUCAGCACCGGUUAGCAACAUGAAUUCGGGUCUAGGCUCAAUGAACACCAUGAAUACCUACAUGACUAUGAACACCAUGACCACUAGUGGCAACAUGACGCCAGCUUCUUUCAACAUGUCCUAUGCCAACCCAGGCCUAGGGGCCGGACUAAGUCCCGGGACUGUGGCUGGAAUGCCAGGAGGUUCAUCCAGUGCCAUGAAUAGCAUGACCGCAGCAGGGGUGACUGCCAUGGGAGCGGCCCUGAGUCCUGGGGGCAUGAAUACCAUGGGAGCUCAACAGGCUGCCUCCAUGAAUGGCUUGGGUCCUUACACUGGGUCAAUGAACCCUUGCAUGAGCCCUAUGGCAUAUGCCCCUUCCAACCUGAGCCGCAGCAGAGGGGACGCCAAAACCUUCAAGCGGAGCUAUCCUCAUGCCAAACCCCCCUACUCCUAUAUCUCUCUCAUUACCAUGGCCAUCCAACAAGCUCCCAGCAAGAUGCUGACCCUGAGCGAAAUCUACCAAUGGAUUAUGGAUUUAUUUCCCUACUACAGGCAGAAUCAACAACGCUGGCAGAAUUCCAUUCGCCAUUCAUUGUCGUUCAAUGACUGCUUUGUCAAAGUGGCUCGCUCUCCCGACAAACCUGGCAAGGGCUCUUACUGGACCCUGCACCCAGACUCUGGCAACAUGUUUGAGAACGGCUGCUACCUGCGUCGUCAGAAGCGCUUCAAAUGCGAGAAGCAAGCUGGAGCGGGAGGCGGCGGCGGCGGUAGCGGUGUAGGCAAAGGAGGUCCAGACAACAGGAAGGAGACCCCGGGAGGCUCCAGCACAAGCUCCAACUCCCCCUUACAUCGCGGGAUGCACGGCAAAUCCUCCCAAUUAGAAGGCGCCCAGGCGUCGGGUUCUGCGGCCAGCCCCCAGCCUCUGGACCACAAUGGAGCUGGGGCGACAGGGGGCGCCCAGGAGCUAAAGACUCCGGCCUCUUCUUCUGCCCCACCAAUCACCACCGGGCCCGUGGCAUUAGCCUCGGUGCCCCCCUCCCACCCAGCACACGUCUUGACACCCCACGAGUCCCAGUUGCACCUGAAAGGGGACCCCCACUACUCCUUCAAUCACCCCUUCUCUAUCAACAAUCUUAUGUCCUCCUCCGAGCAGCAACACAAGUUGGACUUCAAGGCCUAUGAGCAGGCUCUGCAGUACUCACCCUAUGGUGCAGGGCUGCCAGGGAGCCUGCCCCUGAGCAGUGCCUCCAUGGCCGGAAGGAGCACAAUUGAGCCUUCAGCUCUGGAGCCUUCUUACUAUCAAGGUGUGUAUUCCAGACCCGUCCUAAAUACUUCUUAGCUCCUGUGACUGGUUCUUUUUCUGGGAUGACUAUUCUGGUAACAGAAGAAAUUAAAAAAACAAACAAACAUUCAUGAAACCCUAAUAAACUUUUUAUUUUACGGUUUUGCACAAUCAUUUCCCCCUCCAGUGCAAAGGAUUGUUACUAUAUUAUUAUGUUCAAAAGGCAUUGUGUAUGUUAUUAUAAAGCAUUUCAAAUAACCGAACUAAAAUCCUUCCUGCAAAGUUUAGUGAUCCAAAAUUGUAUAUAUAAAGAUAUUUCUUCUUGUGCUUCCUUUCCUCCUUCUAGUCCUCUCUCUUUUCCUGUGUAUUUAAAAAGAAAGAGGUGGUCAAACUUGUAAAAUAAUUGUAUUUUUUCCACUCUCUUUACUGUCCAACUUGCCAAAAGUUUACAGGUAUGUGGCAAUGUUCUUAAUGUUAAGAACCCAGAAAAAUAAAUGAGUAGAUUUGGGGUCCCUUUAAAAACUAUUGAAGGAUCUUAAUGCAGCAAAACACAAGCAAAAUACAAGAAUCAGAAGUACUGUUUUUUUAGAUCAUCUUUCAGAUAACUUGAUUUAGAAGGAUAUAUGUAUAUUAUGUAUAAUUUUUCAACACAUGUACACAUAUAUGUAUAUUCUCUCUUCUUGCCUAGGUAUAUGUAAUUUUACAUAUACCUAGGUAAUAAACAUAUUACAUCUUCAAAAGUUGCCUGGGAAAGUGAUGUUACAUGGACUACUGCUCAUUUGAUAUUCCAAACUCUUUCUUUCUUACUACUUGUAUAGAUUUGAUAAAAAUUGAUUUAAAAAUUUUUUGCCCACAUGUAGCUCUCUACUGUUUGAUUUACUGACUAUUAGUCAUUCAAGGAGCAUUAACUAUGUGUUGGAACAAUUCAAUAAAAAGACAAAAAUAAAAGAAAUAUGGUCAUCUAACUAUAGGGACACUUAAAACAUAUAAACAAACCUGUGUAUUAUGCCAUUAUACAAGGGUUAUUUUUCCAGAAAAAAAAAAGAGUUCUUAAAACAUUAGGAGAUUAAAGCAAGAUGUAAGUUGCUUAAUUUUGAAAUCUGGUCCAAGGUCCCAAAAUUAUUUUUACUCUGCCACUUAUUACCAUUGUUCACUUAUUUCAUCCAAUGUUAAUGCACCUUCCACAGUCUAAUGUGGUGUUAGCAUAGCCAGAUGGAUUUUUAUUAUUAUUCCUGUUUGCUUUCUCAGUGUUCUUAAUUUAUUGCAUGGCUUAUAUUUCUUUCUUUUACAGAUGAUAUUGCUUUAUGUGAUGGUUAAAAUAACAAAUUAAAAAGUUAAUUUUUAUA